UGGGGCCGGGCCGUCGCCGCCGCCGCCGCCACUUUCUCCAUUCAUAAUUCGCCCACUCCGAAGCGGUGAAGCCGCGAAUCGCUUCACUGCCACGACUGGGAACCCGGCUGCGGGAAGAGAAGGAGGGAGGGAGAGACGAGAGAGAGUGAGAAGAGUGGUCGCUGCUGCUGCUGCUGCUGGUGGUGGUGGAGGGGGACGAGUUUGCGAAGCAAGCGUCCCGCAUUCCACAUUUGUAGUCAUCAACUGCGCGAUGGAGCCGUACCUCGACCAGCAAGUGCCUUUGACGGUCACCUGCAAUGGUGAGCCGGACAAGGGGGGCGGAAGGGCAUGUGGACAGGGCAGAAAGAGGCGCUUGUCCCAGACCGACCUGGCACAGGACUCUGAAGACCUUUUCCAAGACUUGAGCCAGCUGCAGGAAGCUUGGCUUGCCGAAGCCCAGGUACCAGAUGAUGAUGAACAAUUCGUACCAGAUUUCCAGGCUGAAAACUUGGUUUUCCAUGGCCCUCCUCCGGCCAAGAUCAAGAAGGAAUCGUGUGGCUCCACGUGCAUCCUGGGUCCCAGCUCCAGCUGUGUGCGGGAAGCCGGGCUCAUGGGCAACAGGACAGUCUGCACCAACUCUUGCCAGGCUGCAUCCAGCUGCAGCCAAAGGCUCUGCGAUCAGAAACAAUCGGCGAUGUUGCCGCCGCCUACUCCUCCUUGUGUCCGCGUGGCCACGCCCAUGCAUCCCGGCUCCGUUCAGUCCACGCACGGGGAGAUGAGAUACCAAGUGUCGCGCUCUCCUUUGCCGCCCACUCCACCCGGUGUCCUCUCGAGCCAGAGCCAUGUGAAUCUCAUCUCUCCCACCGGCCCACCUGGCUCCAUGCUCAACAGAAUCACACCCGCGAACCGGUCAAGAGCCUCUGUGGGAGGAGGACCACCAACUCCAAUGGGCCUCCCUCCACCCGUUUCUACGCCUCUGCCCCUGUCACCCCAUAUUCCUGGAAAGGAGCGGAGGUUUCAGCUUUCCCACCCUCCCCCUGCCUCUCCGUUUCCACCUGUUCAAUGCCAGUCCGGACAGGCUGGCACUCACUCCCAGUAUCUGCCCGAGCACAGGGUGCAACGGCAGUUGUCGGAGCCGUGCCACCUUUACCCAGUGCACCACGGGGCGCCCUGCGUCGAGCGGCCGCCGUACCAGCGCCAGAUGUCCGAGCCACUUCUGCCAGGGGCCCCCGCAGCUCGGCCUCUGCCUUCGCUCCCGUCGCAGGCCCCGUCCCUCCCUCAGCUCCCACAGCAGGCCUCUUCCCUGCCUCGAAUCCCAGCCCACGCUUCAACUCGGCCUCAGCUGACCCUGCCAGCACUGUCCCUGCCGCCUCCGCCGCGUGCGUUCAAGCAGGAGUACCGCGACGCCCUGUACGACCGCGGCGCUGCUGGGGGUGGGACGGACGGGCCUCCUGAGGCUCCCUUCCCGCCACCGCCGCCGCCACCUCCAUCCACGCACAUCAAGCGAGAGCCGUCCGACUUCAGCUAUGAGCACGAUCUUUCCUGCUGCCCAUCCACAUACCUGACAGGAGACAGCCAUGCCCAUUACCCAACCAUUCCAGAAGGGUAUCUGGUGGAGGGCAGCAACUUGAGAUGUGUGUAUGACGACACUUGUGUGGUGCCAGAGAAUUAUGAAGCUCUGGCGCGCGACGUGAAGCUGGAGCCGGGCUCCGUGCAGGACGGCUCCUUCUGUGAGCUCGGUGCCCGUGCCUGCGGCCCCUACCGCCACGUGGGGGUAGGUGGCCUCUCUGGCCCCUUCCGGGACGGGCCGCCCCCGUACCAGCGGCGCGGCUCGCUGCAGCUCUGGCAAUUUCUUGUGGCGCUCCUGGACGACCCGGCGAAUGGGCACCUCAUUACCUGGACUGGACGCGGCAUGGAGUUCAAGCUUCUGGAGCCGGAGGAGGUUGCGAGAAAAUGGGGUGUCCAGAAAAACCGGCCGGCCAUGAAUUACGAUAAACUAAGCCGUUCCCUUCGUUACUACUACGAAAAGGGCAUCAUGCAGAAGGUGGCUGGUGAGAGGUAUGUAUACAAGUUUGUAUGUGACCCAGAGGCCCUCUUCUCGUUGGCAUUCCCGGACAACCAAAGGCCUCUGCUCAAGGCCGACAUAGAGCGGCAGGUCAGCGGGGCUGACACGGUGCCCCUGACACACUUCGAAGAGAACACCACUUACCUGCAGGAAGUUGGACACUGCAAUCCUGUGCAGUACACCGAGGGCUAUGCCUACUGAGACUGGCCUUGUGCCACAGAGCUGCCCACCGUCUGGCAGGUUAAACUUUGUGUGUGGCAUGACGUGUGCUUUUCAAAUGACCUUAGGUACGUUGAUUAUAGAGGCAUGGAUAUGAAUUCUCACAUGUGUGUAGGGUAUUAUGUGCUUGUUAUCAGGCAGGCUAUAGCCACUUUUAAUGUAAUAAAAGGUCAGAAAUGCCUCUUGAUUGUACGUGACACGUUUUUCAUGUUCAAUUGGUAAAUAACCUAACCUGUUCGGUACUUCUAGAUUUUUUUUCCGAGAGCACAGCUCUCUUUCAGCUUUACUAUGCUACAUAAAGCCAUAACGUGCUACCUAAGCAGGUGGCGAAAGCUUUGCAGUGUUUUCAUCUGAACCUUUCACUCUUUGUAGCGGAGUGCAUCAAGUCGAUGCACAUUUGUAACUAAAUCAUCCUGAAGUGCAGCGAGAGGGCCGGAUGUGGCUUAAUAAUGGCAGUGGCUUGACUGCACGCUGCACAUCCUUGGCCCCACGGCUCCUUUGGGCUUUGUUUGUGGUGACACGUUUGAAUUUGUAUUUUUCAACCUUUGCCCAUUCACGUGCAUGCAAACCAGAUGAAGAACUCUUUUGUUUCCUGAUUUAAAAAUGAUUUAUAUUCAAAACCUUAGCGAUUAUCUUUGAGCUCUUAAAAGUACCUGCUGAUAUAUUUGAUAUGUGUUUGAUUCACAUUUCUUAAACACGAGGAGACACGUGUUUUUACAAGCAAUUUAAAAUCCGUAAUGGAUGUUAUUGGGUUAGAUCACGUAAAUAUAAAGGUGUCGUUAAACCCGCCACCACCGGACACAGCCAAUUAGUAAGGGUUGCCACGUAAACAAAACAUGCCAAUUUGUUAUUAG